AUGCCCGUACCUUUUAUCGGGCGGCUUAAUCCCGCCGAGUAUAUCGCCCUGGUCGGCUCAUUCAUCCUCGUCGGGCUUGAAGCAAUCAUCCGAAUUCUUACCCUCGCCCUACCGAGCUCCCUACUACAACUCUUCUACGGAGCUUCACGGCGAUUGUUUAACCAAUUCACAUCACCUCAGCAAAAAAAGGCACAGGAAAGGCGCAAAUCUAUAUCGACCUCGAUCCGAAAUGCUUCCGACUUUGUCGACCUGUGCGCUGCCUUUGGCUAUACUGCGGAAGAACAUGUAGUGCAAACCAAGGACGGAUAUCUGCUAGGUGUUCACCGUUUGGCAUGGCGCAAAGGCGAGGAAGAUUACAAGGUCAAUGCUGGACCCAACAGUAUUAAGAAGAAGGUUGUGUACAUGCACCAUGGGCUCUUGAUGAACAGCGAGGUCUGGGUCUGCCUCACAGACGAGCAGCGCUGUCUGCCGUUUGUGCUGGUUGACAGGGGAUAUGAUGUUUGGCUGGGCAACAAUCGAGGAAACAAAUAUUCCAAAAAGUCCAUCAAGACAUCGCCUCAAUCCCUCGAUUUCUGGAACUUUUCCAUCGACGAGUUUGCCUUCCACGACAUUCCUGAUACUAUCGCAUACAUCCUCGAUUCCACUAGCCAGCCCUCGCUCUCUUAUAUCGGAUUUUCCCAGGGCACAGCGCAGUCAUUUGCCAGCUUGGCAGUCCAUCCAAAGCUAAACGAUCAAGUCAAUGUGUUUAUCGCGCUUGCACCGGCCAUGUCUCCUGCUGGUCUGCAAAAUGGCGUUGUCGAUGCUUUGAUCAAGGCAUCUCCGCAGGUCCUGUUUCUCCUCUUUGGCCGCCGCUCGAUUCUUGCCUCAGCGACCAUGUGGCAAUCUAUUCUCUACCCACCCAUCUUUGUGCGAGUUAUCGACAUGGGCUUGGACUUUCUCUUUGGAUGGAAAGCCACAAAUAUUUCCAUGUCCCAAAAGCUUGCUGCCUAUCCUCAUUUGUAUUCGUUUACCAGCACCAAAUCAGUCGUUCACUGGUUCCAGAUUAUUCGCAACAAGUCUUUUCAAAUGUACGACGACGAUGUACAUCCUCCCCUGAGCACCGCGAGCCGAUAUACCAAGGUUGCCAAGUAUCCGACUCGAAACAUCAAGACGCCCGUGGUCUUGGUCUACGGAGGUAGUGACUCGCUCGUCGACAUCAAAGUCAUGCUCCGCGAAUUGCCCAACCGCACAGUGGCUACCGAGAUCCCCCACUAUGAGCACUUGGACUUUCUCUGGGCACGAGACGUCGACACUCAGGUCUUUCAGCAUGUAUUUGACGCCCUGGACAAUUUCACCGAUGCCGAGCACACUAAGGAAGAGUUUGAAAGCUAUCGUCGGGCACGUCAUGUUAGCCUUGGUGCUUCUGCCUCAUUUCGACACCACAGAUAUCGCCACAGCGAUGCUAUAGAGUCUGAUUCCGCAUCGGUUAAUGGCCUUGUGGAAACUUCAGUGGAUCCCUCAAUGGCACAUCAGGCGCGCGAGAGCACUUCAAGUCCAGCUGUAACGGCACCAGGGUCGACAACGACGGAGACUUCUGGCACAACCUUGACCUCGCAGACGGCAGAUCCAUCAUAUGCUCAAGUUGCCUCGGAAGACCCAACGCCAGAAUCGCCUCAGCAACCCAACGCCACUUCAGACGGCGCAGCAGACAGCCCGUCGGGUCGUCCACAUCACGACUCGAAAAUUCCCUCGCCUACAGUUAGUACCAACAGCGUGAGAACACCUCAGCGGAGACGAGGCAGCACGGCUAGUAACCUUAGCAUCGAAUCUCCCAAAGACGGAAGAGGCAAAGGAGGUGGCAUCAAAAUAGCCACGGCAAAGCCAGUGGGAGGUGUCGUUACGGGGACAGCGGGUGCUGGGGAUCUAACGCCCAGCAGUGGUGAUGAAGCAGCCAAAUCACGCCAGGGCCGGUGA